AACAACAACAACAACAACAACAACAGCAGCAACAAAAUACAUUAAUUAAUCAAUUUGAUUGCGUUGGAAAGGUAAAUAAUUACCCAACAAUAUUGAGAAAAUAUUUCUUAUAUGUCGCGCACUUUGAAACACAUCGAAAUCGCUCAAUUAAGCAAUGAUCAAAAUCCUUUCGAAUUGAAUCAAAAUUCUUCAGAUUAACGUAACAUUAAAGUUUAAAGAAAUAGAACAACGUGACAAUCUCAAAAAUAAGCUUAUAGAAUAAUUAAUAUUGAAACAGAUUAUAAAUGUAUUUUGUAUUUGCAACCAUUUAGUGAGAAUCCAUUUCGAACGGAACCCAUUCCAACCGAUCAAUCACUAUGCCCGCGUACGUCCAUAACCUUCUAAUACUAAAAGUAUUUGGCAAAAUAUCAAAAGAUGGCAACACGAACCCCAUUCUCGCGAAGCACUUAAACAACUUAAGACGUCCUACGGCCCACGGCUCCAUUAAGAAUCCAACCACGGUUUAAAGCAACAAGCGAAAAAGAAAAAAAAUAAAUAAAAUUGAUUCAAAUAAACAACACGCAAAUGCGCUGAGAAACAAAUGAAAAUCCAAUUUAUCACAACUGCUUGAAAUGAACAUUCAAACUCACUCUAAUAGUUUGGAGUAAUGGAUAUGCAGACGUCACGUUAACUCUCAUACCCAGAAAGGGCAUAAAGGGAUAAAUUGGAUCUAUCUGCUGCUUGGCAACGCAAUGGAAUAGAUUUCGGAGACUUCGGAGAAGGUAUAUACUUGUCGAUUUUCCCUUUACUUCGUAGCCAGUUGUCGCAUCACGAUUAAAUAUAUAUUCAUGCACUAAAUAAUUCGUGAUAUUUUUCUUCAUAAAACACAUCAGCAUCAGCAUCAGUCAGUAUCGGCUAUACAUCUAAAGACGUGCAAAACGUCUGCUUCAGGCUGAACAACAAAAAAAAAUAAAUAAAUAAAUAAAGAACACCAUUCGCUAUAAUAGCAACAACAGCAACAACAACAACGAAAUAUACUCGCUCGAAACGCUAAUAAUUAACCACACAAUAAUAUCGCGUUACGGUGCAGCAUUAAGAUACGCGCUUUAGCACCUAAACCUGUAAACGCAAAGCACACAAAGCACUUAUAUAGCAAACAUAAAAUCAUUUAUAUUAUAAGUAACAACAAUUUACAAUAACAAAAAUAAACGAACAAACAAACAAACAAACAAACCUAGUCGCCGAUCAGUUACCAUGUUAAGUUCACCCACAAAAUUAAUUGCGCGUUUGCUGAUGGCUAUGCAAGUGUUAAUGACACUUGAUAUAGCCAGUAAAGAGCAAACGAAAAUGUUAAGCGUAGCAUUGCCGAUAACAUCGAAGCCCAUCGAAAGUACGGCGGAAAAUUUAGCGUGGCAGGCCUGGUUAAUGCUGCCGCCCGAACAAAAGAAUCAAAUUAAAUCUCGUAAAGUAACACCGAAAUCCAUAUUCUCGUUACCGCAAAGGAAGCCAUGCCAACAAGGUCAUCACAAGGUCGAUACAAAAUGCAUACCCAUUAUUAAUGGAUCGAACGCUCUAUUAAUUGAUCCGAGUGUUUUAAUUUUGGUCGUAGGGGAUACCGGAGAAGCGGUUGAAUUUGAUUAUGAUUUAAUUGAGGAAGAAGAAGAGGAAAGAACAUCAUCCACAUCGCAAAAAUUAAUUGACAGCAGACAAGGCUUAGACAAGCCGACGACCGAUGCUAUUGAGCAAAAGCUUACGAAACAAGAUGAACCCUUAAAAUUUAAUAUUUUUCAAAGCAAAUUUCCGACCGAUUAUGAUAUGAACGACGACUAUCUAAAUUUAUCUAAUGAGGCUGCCGCUAGCACAACAAUCGACCCAACCGAAGAUCAGUUUGGUAGCACAACAGAUACUUUGCGAAAUGGGAGCAUCUUGAGAACGGGAAUUGAUUUGCGCAGCGAGGCCAGCAACAUAUCAGAGACACAAACUUCUGCAGUUAACCCAUUCAGCUCGACAUCGCUUAAUACCGAUAGCGUAGCUUUGCCAACAGAGAAUCGCGAAGAAGAAAAUCCCGUCAAUGGAACAGUCAUUGAAGAUGAUAGUUCGGUGCAUUUGGUAACCGGAGAUGAGACAUCCGCGCCAUCACGAAAUAUACAUGACCCGUACACUCAACAAAAAGAUGACAUAGUCGAUGAUGAUAUAACGCAAAUCGAUAUCGUAGAAAUGCUGAGGAAAGAAGCAUUUAUGCCUCUCUUAAAUAAUACUCAGUUAUCUAGUGAAAGUCACUCAACUAUCAUUGCACACGGAGAGAAUACAUUGAAUUCAUCACUAACAACCGAACAAGUGCAUGUUAGUAAGGAUGGUUUUUCUUUAAAUUUAGAUGUAGAAGAGAUUACAACUCUACCUUCAAUAUUUAUUGAAAGUGAUGCAGAUAUUGGUGGCAAGUAUAGGAAAAAAACCGAUUGCAUACGCAGUGUUAGCAUAAAAACAACAAAUUUUGAAUCCAGUUCUGUGGAUAUAGCCACCACUACAUCGAAAGGGGAUAAGAAAGAAUUUAUGCCUGGACAGCUGAAAGAUCCGUAUAAUGAUUUAAAGAAAUCGAAAGUAGAACCGGUUGAGUUAAUGCCGGCGCAAGCAACCACAACUACGACGACAAUGGAAGAUUUAAUAACAGCAGAGACCGCGACAGAGACUGAGACAUCGCCAGCAGAAACAGUGACACCGUUACUUACAAUACGCAAUGAAAACAAUAAUGACCGGUUUUACUAUGAAAACUUUACCAAACAAGACUUGAAAACAGCACUCACAACAAUGAUGACUACUACAAAACAAGGCAGCAAUAGUGGCAGCGAUGAGACAAUUAUAGCAGCAACGACACCAUUGAAUACCGUGACUUCGACUUUGCGAACGGCAAGUGAAAUUGAUCUGACUAAAGAAUUACAUUUAGUUAAUGAAUUAGUGAAGGGCAACAAGCAACAGCAAAACUUUACGCUAACUGAGCAAAAUACAAAUUCAAAAACAACAACAAUAAAAACAACGGCAGAAAUAACAACUUGGGACAAAAUUGCAUUAUAUUCAUCAACAUCAUCAACAAUUGCGGAUGAUUCUAGUAAACAGCAAACAGAGAUAACAAAAAACUCCCUAUCUACAACUACUACAACUAUAAUAACACCAGAAUGGCAAGGUAUUAAAGCGCCUUCGAGCGUAGAAACUCAGAAGAAUUUUGAAGAGUUAGCUUUUCCGAACAACGCACAAAGAAUGGAAAGUGAAAGCCUUAUUGACAUUUCGGAUUUAAGAACUGAUUAUCUAACUGCAGAGGCCUCAUCUUUACCGACUCCCACCGUAAAAAUUAGCGAAAAUCGCAGUCAUAGAAAUAGUAAAAUAAUUAGAACGAAAACCUUUAAAACAUUUAUUAGUACAGUUAGGCCAACUUUGGCAACAAAAAUUGCAGCAGCAGUAGCAACAACAACAACAACAACAACAAAUGAUAAUAAUAACAAUAAUAUUUAUGAACCAUAUUGGUGGCCACCAAUACCUUGGUAUGUUGAUAAGUCCACCACCACUAGCAAGCAAACCGAAAAUCAAGCCAAGACUAAUACGGUAGAGAGUAAUGAAAAGGAAGAAGAUGAACCUUUACUAUUACGAUUUUGGUCAACAUAUCACAGUCCGAAUAGAUUUAAAAAUUAGUUUAACUGUUUUUUUUUCUUUUUUUUUUCUUCUUACAGAUAAAACAAAUGCCUUAAAAGUAUUAAAUCUUAUGUAAUUUAUAUAAACGAGAAUCAAGUUUUUUUAGUCAAAUUUGCAUCAGCAUCAGAAGCAAGGGAUAUCAAGGAUGAGGAUCGUUUUAAUUAAUGUGUAUCGACGAUCACUUAAGUAAUGAAUAAUAAUUGAAACGAAUAUGAAGGACAUUGAGUUAGCUAAACUUUCGACAAAGAGAAAAUUUAUUCGAAUUAUUCGGCAAUAAUUGAUGAAAAGAAUGAAUUUUAUUAUUGCAAUAACAGAUAUAACGCUAUUAAAAUAUCAACUGUAGUGGACAGUAUUUUAAGCCUUUAAAAUAAAUUGAAACGAUCUUUGCUCCCUUAAUCUAAAUCAACUUUAUUUUGCCACUCCCAUUUGCGGGUUGUACUUAUGUAAUCGGUGUUUAUUAACUGAAAAAAUAUCUCCUGUGAAGUGCACGUGGCAUUUAUCCGAAGACAGUGUCAAGAGUGAAUAGUCGCAAGUUCAAUUAUAUCUUACGCUUGCUAGACCAGAAUUGUUUCUAGCAAAUGAUAUCUCAUGACAAACGGUUACGAAGAAAAAUCUCCGCAUAAUGUUCCGAUCUGACAGAUAAAUUAAGGAAGAAAGCAUACUUGACGGAAAGUUUCGAUUAGUUUGUAGAGUCACGACUAGAAAUAAUUGGCGAUCCAAUAGAUAAAUUGGCGAGCAAACGAUAACUUGUUGAGACCUAUGCAAUGAUUCCGGUUGUACUUAGAAGCCAAAUAGUUUUUUUACUUGAAUCUAUAAAUAAACUGCGGAUGCUGUCAUGACAAGAGUGCACUCGAACGUCUCAUUCGAAGUUUAUUCUCUGAUUGCUUUAGAUGUGCUUAAAGAAAGUGGAACAGGUUUGGGGAGCUCUUAAGAUGUUUCAUUUUAUUGAUUUGCAGCCUUAUUCAAUGAAUGUCCUAAUUAUUAUUCAGUUCAAUAUUUAAGCGUUGCUGAGGUAUAUGAAGAAACGAAUCUUGAAAACGAAAGCUUUUAGGAACAUUGCAGACUUCUAAUAUUGAUUAUCCUACAUUUUACAAAGUAUGCAAAUAUGCUGAAUUUAUUCGGUUAGAUACUCUUGAUGUAAUCUAAAGCCUAAAUAGUUUUUUUUUUUCUUUUCUUUUUUUUAUCUACUGAUAGUUUCUUUCCCGAUAUAUCGUUAAGAUAAUUACUAAAGAAUGUGAAGAAAGUGUUUAGAAUUGAUGUUAGAGGGAUAUAUCUUGAAGCCGAUUACUAUGAAGGACAAACUCUGUACGCAUAGAUAUAGUGGGUGUAACUAGUCAAUCUCGGAGUUUUUUAUAUAUGAUGAAAG